UCCCAAAGUGACUUCAGAGAUGAAUGAGAUCUUGUGUGCUGAGUACACUGAGGAAGAAGUGAAAGUUGCACUUCAGAGCAUAGGGGACCUAAAAGCCCCUGGGCCUGAUGGGAUGCCAGCCAUAUUUUUUAAACUUUUUUGGCAGACUAUUGGUGAGCAUGUCACUAAAGACGUUCUAAAGGUUUUGAAAGGAGGUCAGAUGCCAGAGAGCUGGAAUGACACACUUGUAGUUCUCAUUCCAAAAAAUACAAAUCCGGAAAGAAUAAAGGACCUGCGGCCCAUAAGUUUGUGCAAUGUAAUAUAUAAGUUGGUGUCUAAGGUAAUCACAAAUCGCUUAAAAAUAAUACUCCCUGACAUUAUCUCUUUAAACCAAAGUGCAUUUGUACCAAGACAGAUGAUAUCAGAUAAUGUCCUUUUAGCAUAUGAAUUAACUCAUUUCUUACAAAGGAGGAGGAACGGAUCAGUGGGUUAUGCUGCACUCAAAUUGGAUAUGAGCAAAGCAUAUGAUCGUGUCGAAUGGAGGUUUUUGAAGGAUAUCAUGUAUAAACUGGGAUUUAAUGGUGGAUGGAUUGAAUUAGUAAUGAAGUGCAUCUCCACCAUCAGAUACUAGAUCAAGGUAAAUAAAGAUAUCACAUAUGUGAUUAUUCCUGAAAGGGGAUUGAGACAAGGGGAUCCUUUGUCCCCCUAUCUAUUCUUACUAUGUGCUGAAGGGUUUUCGACCAUGCUACAUCAUGCUGAACAGAGUGGAAAAUUGAAAGAAAUCAAAGUCUGUAAUGGUGCCCCCAGUAUCAACCAUUUAUUGUUUGCAGACGAUUCAUUGUUGCUGAUGGAAGCCAAUGCUAGAAAUGCUUAGGAAGUGAACCGUAUUCUCAACAUAUAUGAAGCAUGUUCAGGCCAGGUGGUUAACAAGGAAAAGUCAACUAUCUUGUAUAGCAAGAACACAAGACCUUGGCAAAAGGAGGAGGUGAGGCGCUGUUUGCAUAUCACAACAGAGGGACUAUCUCCAAAAUAUUUAGGCGUUCCAACCUAUAUAGGAAAAUCAAAGACAAAAACUUUUGAAUAUAUAAAAGAAAGAGUGUGCAAGAAAAUAAAAGGUUGGAAAGAAAAAUUAUUGUCAAAAGCUGGUAAGGAAAUACUAAUUAAAGCUGUGGCACAAGCUAUACCAGUAUACACUAUGGCUUGCUUUGAUAUAACAAAGUCUAUAUGCGAUGACCUGAGCUCGAUGAUAGGACGCUACUGGUGGAGUCAAGUUGAUAAGCAAAACAAAAUACAUUGGGUCUCCUGGGAUAAAUUGUCGAAGCCAAAAAAGGACGGAGGGAUGGGUUUCGGAGAUCUAUAUUCUUUUAAUCUAGCUAUGUUAGCUAGGCAAGCAUGGAAAAUCAUUCAACAUCCUUCAUCAUUAUGUGCUAAAGUGCUCUCAGCAAAAUAUUUUCCAGGAAAGUCAAUUCUAGAAGCUACUCCCAGGAAGGGUAUUUCUUACACUUGGCGCAGCAUCCUGAAGGGCUUACAGUUAUUAAAAAGAGGCAUUAUAUGGAGGGUUGGGAAUGGUAAAAGCAUAAAAGUCUGGACUGAUCCAUGGAUCCCACGAGACGGCACAAGAACAGUAAUAUCACAAAAAGGACACAAUCUUAUAACGAAAGUCUCAGAACUAAUUGACCCUGCCACAAGCUCAUGGGAUGCAAAUCUAGUCCGACAAACCUUCCUACCUGAGGGUGCAAAUAUGAUCCUGCAAAUACCUAUCCAUGAAGAUAUAGACGACUUCAUAGCUUGGCACUAUGACAAAAAAGUGCAGAUAAUGUUUUCAAUUGGAAGAAACUAUGGUCGCUGCCGCUGCCAGGCAAGGUGCUACAUUUCUUAUGGCGGAUUACCACCUACAGUUUGCCAUUACGAACAAAACUUCAACGCAGAGCCAAGCAAACACACAAGACAGAACACUAUCCAAAGAUGGACUCCUCCACCGGGAAUUAUGAAGCUUAACACUGAUGGCGCCUUUCAAGAGGAGACUCAUUCUGGAGGUUGGGGCUUCAUUUUAAGAAAUGAUACAGGUGCAUUAAUAGCGGCUGGAGCAGGAAACUUGGAAUAUUUAGUAGAUGCUCUGCACUCUGAAGCAUGGGCGAUGCUCUAUGCUGUGGACGCGGCAAUCAGGAUGGGAUGUGAUCGGCUAAUUAUAGAAACUGACUCUCUUUUGCUAAAGCAGGCUGUAAUGUCAAAUACUUAUGAUCUUUCACAGCUAGGUGCUAUCUUUAGAGAUAUCAAAUAUCAAUUUAGAGUUGGUUUAUCUGAUGUUUCUGUCAAACAUUGUAACCGGAAAUGUAACCAUGCUGCACACACUCUAGCUGCACAUGGCACAACCAUGAGUAGGAGUACAUGGGAAAUCUGGUUUGACAAAUUUCCAUCCUUUGUAUCAGAUUGUGUAGCUGGAGAUUCUGCCAGCACUGCUUUAUAAUGGAAUGCUGAGUGUUCCUUUAAAAAAAAAAAGUCCGCACUUCAUAUGUCGUCCCGCACGCUUAAUUGGUUUCGCUUCAGUUUCCUGAUUAAGAAAGCCCAUCCCGUUUCCUGUUAAAACGCCCAGCAGCAGGCCAACGCCCAACGCACGAGCCGACGGAGCAAAAGCACCAUGUCUCUCUCUUCUAACCCUAGCCGCUCCUGCCGCCGGCAGUGCUCAACACAA